AUGCAAUCUAAACAAAAUUCAUUUCAUAAACAUCCAUCAUUUGUAAAAUCAACUGAAGAAUUUGAAAAACUUUUAUUACAAUGUCCAUUUAUGUCAAUAAUUCAUUCAUCAAAAAUCAAUAAAAAUAAAUUACAUAAUAAAAUUAAUAAAAAAUCAAUAAAUGAUAAACAAGAUCAAUCAAUUAAAUCUAAUGAUAUUAUAUUCAAUAAUCAAUUAUCUAUUAUAUCAAAUGAAAAUUGUAUAAAGAUAAAUCAAUCUAAAGACAACUCUAAUAAAAAUGAUGAGAUGAUUAUAAAAGAUACAAAAAUGAAUCAUAUAGAAUAUCAACCCGAAAACCAUAAUCAACAUAAUGAAAAUAUGAAUGAACAUACGAUAACUAAUAUGAACUACUUAAAUUCAUUAAGUAGUAUAAAAAAAUUACGUUUAACUAAAGAAUUUAAUUCUUUAUCCAUAGAUGAACAAAAUGAAGAGAAUGAAUUACGUUAUAAACAAUUAAAUAAAUUAUAUGAAUUAAUUCAAUCAGAUCCAGGGAGUUAUGGACAAUUAUCCAUUGAAAAUAUUAUUGAACAAAUGAAUCAUUUUUAUUUAUAA